ACAGCCAAGAAGCUGGGCCUAUUCUUCUCCCAGAGCCGGAGAAUAUUGAAUAUUCAUCAAACACCUAGUACAAUCUGUUUCCGUUCAAGCAUUACAUGGAUCCCGCCGGCGUUGAACCAACCGCAGUUUUCCACGUCGUGGCCAUGCCUUUUCCAUGUCAAGGCCACGUCAACGCCAUGAUGAACCUUUGCAAGUUGUUGUCUUCAAGAUCAGCAAACCCCCUUCUCAUCACCUUCGUCGUCACCGAAGAGUGGCUCGACUGCAUCGGGUCCGAGCCCAAGCCGGAAAACAUCCGCUUCGCCUCCAUUCCUAACGUCGUAGAGCGCUCAAAUGCCGUUGACUUUGGCGGCUUCAACGGAGCAGUCAAGACCAAAAUGGAAGCUCCUUUCGAGCAGCUCCUGGAUCGGCUUGAACCACCUGUGGCUAGAAUCUUAGCUGACUUUGAGUUGCAGUGGGCGCUCGACUUCGGGAUUCGAAGGAAUAUUCCGGUGGCGUCGCUUUGGACCAUGUCGGCUUCUUUUUUCUCGGUGCUCCAUCAUUUCUAUGUUUUCACACAAGAUCGUCACUUGUCGGUUCACGUUUUACAUGUCACAGAUCAUGGAGACGAGCAUUUGGAUCAGAUACCCGGAAUCUCUUCAAAACAUCUAGAAGAUCUACGAACAGUUUUUCAUGAAAAUGAUCCACGGGGCAUGGAAUCACUCUUGGGAAGCAUUUCAAACGUGCCGAAAGCAAAACAUCUUCUAGUUAAUUCUGUAUACGAGCUUGAACCCCAAGCUUUUGACACUCUGAAAGCAGUACUUCCUCUCCCUGUGUACCCAGUUGGCCCUGUCAUACCUUACUUGGAUCUUGAAGAUGCUUCCUUUAAGAAUGGCGAACCUGACUAUCUAAAAUGGUUGGAUGCCCAACCCCAAGAUUCUGUGCUGUACAUCUCUCUCGGAAGUUUCUUUGUGGUAUCAAGCACCCAAAUGGAUGAAUUUGCCAUAGCACUGCGUAAUAGUGGUGUUAGAUUCUUGUGGGUGGCUCGUGAAGAAGCAUCUCGGUUGAAAGAUAGCUGCGGUGAUAAGGGUUUUGUGGUGCCUUGGUGUGAGCAAUUGAAGGUUUUGUGUCAUCCUUCUGUAGGAGGGUUUUGGUCACAUUGUGGGUGGAAUUCCACUCAAGAAGCUGUUUAUGGAGGCGUUCCAAUGCUUGCUUUCCCUCUGUUCUUGGAUCAAGUUCCUAAUUGCAGGCAGAUUGUAGAGGACUGGAAGAGUGGGUGGAGUGUGAAAAGAGCAGAGGUGGGAAGCGAGAUUUUGGUGGCAAAAGAAGAUAUAUCAGUGCUCGUACAAAAGUUUAUGGAUCUUAAAAGCUCUGAAGGCAAUGAAGUUAGGAAAAGGGCAAGAGAACUGAAAAGCAUCUGUCGUCAAGCAAUUUCAAAAAGUAGCUCAUCUUCUGCUAACCUGGAUGCAUUUAUCUGUGAUUUUUUAGCAGGACAUGGCCAUUGAGUAUUGUUAUUGGUGCUUGCCGUUAGA